UCAAGGGUAAAACGGAACUGAUUAAACACUGAUAAAAACCUACUAAUCAUUAAAGAAAUCAUAACACGAGAAAAGAAACAAACUUUAACUUGAGCCAAAAAAUAAUCAAAGUUUUUCCUCUAAAAUUUCAAAAUUUUCCCUAAAUCAAUUGCACCGUUCCCUCGAAUUUCGUUAACCCCAAUAUCCAAACCCAUAACUGAAUUUCAUGGGUAAUUUUAACCCGACUUUUCUCCCCGUGCGGUCACCUCUACAUAGAACCUCGUCAGAAAAUUUGUGUCGCCGUGAGUCACAAGCGACUGAAAUAAAAUCCUCGUCCACAGACAUCUAAUUUUCUUUAUCUCGAGAAAACAGUAAAUUGGCAGAUGUAAAAAAAAAUUACCUGGGAGGUGUAUCCGUAAGCAGUCAGUAACUUUAUCACAAAGAGAUUAGAAUAUUCCGAGGCGCUCGAAGUCCCCAAGGAAGUGGAAAUGAAAAAUUUUGUGAAAAAACAAAUUACGAGGGAAUACACUCUGUCACAUUUCGAGGGGGCGAUUCCCACGGGAGAGAAUUACCAAAACUUUCCCCCAACAUUAUUGUAAUGGCUUGCCCCGGGGGGUGAGACAGAAAUUCAUUAUUAUUUGACCUGUUUGUUUUUCAAGGCUCUAAUUGAAAAUUCGCGAUGACUCACGUGUUCUGAGAUGAUAAAAUCGGCGAGGAAAAGGGGAAAGGCCAGUGCGACGAGGCACGUCCGGGAGAGAAUGAAAUGAGUGGUGAUACAGUUUGGUGUGAAAAGGGGGGAAUAUUUAAACGGGUGAUAUGAACAAUCAUCUUCAGGUGCCGGAGCUACGGCUACCGGCUGGCGAGGGUGGUGGUAAGUCAACGCCACCCCAGCCACUGCUCCUUGUGCCCGCAAGCAGUAUUCCCAGGAGACGGCAUUCUUGGAUAUGCGGUUUCGAUGUUGAGAAUGGAGGAGCCCUGGAAGGCGGCACCAGCGGUGGCGGUGGCGCGUCACCGAGUGCCGGUCUUGUAUUACAAACAUUGCCACAAAGGAGAGAAAGCUUUCUCUACAGAAGCGACAGUGACUUUGAAAUGUCACCCAAGUCCAUGUCAAGGAACAGCUCAAUUGCCAGUGAAAGGUUCAAAGAGACUGAGCCGCCAAUCGAGCGCGCGAUAUUUUCCGAUCAGUACAGCCAUGGCGAGGACCUCAUUGUUACGCCCUUCGCACAAAUCCUCGCGUCACUGCGAUCAGUCAGAAAUAAUUUCCUUUCCCUUACAAAUGUACCUACGUCCAAAUCCCGGAGGAGCAGCGGAGCUCAAGGCGGAAAUACACCACAGCCCCGGGCGAUUACCCCCGGAGAUGAAUCCUACAUGAAACUCGCUGUAGAAACAAUGGAGGAACUCGACUGGUGCUUGGACCAGUUAGAAACGAUUCAGACCCACCGCUCAGUCUCAGAUAUGGCAUCACUCAAGUUCAAGAGGAUGCUCAAUAAAGAACUGUCCCACUUCUCCGAGUCUUCCAAGUCUGGCAAUCAAAUAUCUGAGUACAUCUGCAGCACUUUCCUUGAUAAGCAACAAGAACUCGAUCUGCCAUCAUUGAGAAUUGAAGAUGCUGUUGCUGCAACAAGUGCUGAAACAAGAACAUCAAAGAAGAAAGAACGCACACAGCGUGGUCCCGCAGCAAUGUCGCACAUUAGCGGUGUAAAACGUCCUCUGACGCACACUAAUAGUUUCACUGGUGAACGGGUACCAAAUUAUGGAGUUGAAACACCCCACGAGGAGCAACUGGGCAAGGUACUCUCGGAUAUCGACAAAUGGGGAAUAGACAUAUUCAGAAUAGCCGAGCUCAGCAACAACCGACCAUUGACCUGCGUGGCCUACACAGCAUUUCAGAGUAGAGAUCUACUGAAAUCACUGGCAAUACCACCAAAAACAUUUGUCACAUUUAUGAUGACACUUGAGGAUCACUAUGUCAAGGACAAUCCCUUUCACAAUAGCCUUCAUGCAGCUGACGUCACACAAUCGACGCACACGCUGCUCAAUACACCGGCGCUAGAGUCGGUUUUUACACCCCUUGAAAUUACUGCGGCUCUGUUUGCUGCUACGAUACAUGACGUUGAUCAUCCGGGCCUCACCAAUCAGUUCCUCAUUAAUUCAAGCUCGGAACUGGCUCUCAUGUACAACGACGAAUCUGUCCUCGAGAAUCACCACUUGGCAGUGGCAUUCAAGCUACUGCAGAACGAGGGUUGUGACAUAUUUGCAAAUAUGACAAAAAAACAGCGUCAAACACUGCGAAAAAUGGUCAUAGACAUGGUGUUAUCGACUGACAUGUCCAAACACAUGUCUCUACUCGCCGAUCUCAAGACCAUGGUCGAGACAAAGAAAGUGGCAGGAUCUGGUGUUCUACUUCUAGACAAUUACACCGACAGAAUUCAAGUGCUCGAGAAUCUGGUGCACUGCGCCGAUCUCUCGAACCCGACGAAACCACUCGACUUGUACAGGAAAUGGGUUGCACUUCUCAUGGAGGAGUUCUUCCUACAAGGGGAUCGAGAGAGGGAGCAGAACAUGGACAUCAGCCCCAUGUGCGACAGACACAGUGCAACAAUCGAAAAAUCCCAAGUUGGUUUCAUCGAUUACAUAGUUCAUCCUCUUUGGGAGACCUGGGCGGAUCUAGUCCAUCCUGACGCACAGGAGAUUCUUGACACUCUUGAGGAGAACAGGGACUGGUAUCAGUCCAUGAUACCACCGUCACCACCGCCUGAUGACAGGAGUGGGGAUCAGUCGUCGGAUAGAAUUCAUUUUCAAGUGACCCUGGAAGAAGGCGAUGAAUCAGGGGAAAACGUAGACGACAGUGGAACUGAAGCUGAGGGCGAAGCAGGCGACGCCUCCAACGAUCCUGGAAUGUGACGGAAAUUGGCGGGUAUUUGCAAAAAGCUCCAUGAAAAAUUUCAGCAAACCUGGUGGCGUGUACACCAGUAAAUGCUUUUUUCCCUCUGCACGUCAUUGCUUCACUAGGAUUAAUGACGAUGUUUAAAAAAUACUUUGAUGCUGUCUCAAAUGGUCGUUGAAGUGGGUAAAACUGUCGGCUGGACCGAUCGACAAAAGCGACGUUAAUUUGGAAAAAAUGUCCUGUCGUGCACUGAAAUCACUUGCGAAUGCCGAAAAAUGUAGAGAGAAGUAGGAAAAAAAAAUGAGGUGGUCGGAGGGAGAAUCUCAGAUAAGUACCUGGAAGGUUUGGAAAUUAAUCAGAGAAGAAGGGGGAGAUGUUUUAAGAUUCUUAGUGUUUGAAAUCGUCGGAAUGUGAAAAGACGACAUAUCAAGCAGAAAAAUAAAGAGAAAUGAAAUUGUUAGUACCUAAUUCAGGUUGUUAUGGAUCUCAAGAAUGGGAGAAGAAUUGUUGCCAUCGACUCAGAAUUUCAAUUAUUUUGACGAGAAAUUUUUGAGCUUUUUUUCGAUUUUUCAUGUUCUCGGAAUGAUUUACAACUUGAGGAUAACGCUUGAGUCUUUUAUAUUAAGUAUUGAAUCUGUUGCAACAGAGCUGGCCUCUGUUAAGCUCGAAUAUAUUUUUUUUUAGAGUAAUUUCUUUGUUCACAUUCAGUCGAGAUAUCAAUUAGCCAUGAUUAAAGUUGUUUUAGACUUUGAAAUCACGUACAAUAAUGAUAACAUUCAAUUUUUUUAACCAAAGAGUAACGUUAACGUAGAAUUUUCAUUAAUUUAAUUUUUUCUCUCUCGUGUUUGUUUAGUUUUUAUCGAAUUGACUAGAGAAUUACGUACGUUGAAAGUGAUAAAAGUUAUUAAAGUUCGUGUUUUUUGGGAUAAAUUUAUUGCCAUUGAUACAAUCAUUCAGAUACACAGGAAUUACUUUCCAUCCAGUAUGCACGAAUAUCGAUAGUAUCUGGUAUUUUUUUUUAAUAAUAAAAUGGGAAUGGAGCAGAAAACGUUGAGAAAACUGUUGAGUCGAUGUGUUUGUAUCGAAGGAGAAAAGAUCACAAAAGUAAAGUGAACAAGACUCAAAUCGUCUCGAUUAUGAUAUAAAUAAAUAGUGAUAAAUUUAAUUGUACUAUAGCUGACAAGUACGAGUGUGAAAAUGAGAUGAAAAAACAACCCAAGUCGUUUUAACUUCUGUAAUUUGUGUCAUAAAUAGCGAGAAACAGUUUGAGUUGGUGAGAUAACAAAAUUUGAUGAAAGAAAAUAAUAACCGAAAUAAGGAUGCAAUGAGGAGUGAAUGUGGAUGUUUGGUGCUGGCCACCAAGUCUAGGGUACAUUAUUUAAGGUCUAUAAUUACGGAUAGAAGUUAAACAACUAAUUUAUCAAUGAUGAAAGACAUUAAACAAUCCUCCAAUGCAUGAAGAAUUAAAAUAAGAAAGAAACAAAAAUUA